UUCUUGGGUGUUCAAUUCAACACACGCUAAUAUAACACCCUGAGUAACAAUGCGAUACCACGCCAUUUCSUAGAKCUUCUUUYGUAGUCAAAAGUGAUUUUUCAUUCUUCACUGGCGUUUCUWUAUAUUGAGRGUAACCAAAGUCAAUACGAGGUUUCAGGUGAAGAGCCUGGGGAUAAGAAUAUACUCGUAAAUUGAACUUAGAAGAUCUAAUCCACGAGCAAUCAGAUGGAGCGGUUUCUGACACUUUGCUUCCGUCUUUUACAGUAAUUACUAGCGUGGUGAUCGUAAACAACUGUCCAAGCGUAGGCUGAGAAACGCAUCGCUAAAAUUAACAUGCACAAGCUGUUAUAUACCCUCUAGACGCUCCACUGGCCACCAUGGCAAACUCACCUUCUGAACAAGAGUUUGACUCCCUCCAUAGCACUGCACCAAUCCAUCCUAAAGUAAACAAUGGCAUCAUUUAUGGCUCUAAAAAGUCAAGGUUCAAAUACCAAGCUACUGCUAGUAAGAAGACAGUUUUUCUGUGCUUGUUGCUGGCUGUUGGGGGGAUAACGUGCUGCAUUGUGGGGGUUGUGUUUUUCGAGAGAGCGAAAAGGUUAAAAUUGGAUAGUGGGUCUACAAACGGUAGCACCGAUCCUAUUUCCAGUGGCAAAAAGGUUUCAGAUGACCCUUGUAAACUAUCCAAAGAAGUCCAGGAAUCAGGCCUUCUGAAAUUUUUCAAAAAAGUGGACGACACUUUUUUCAGGCUCAAUCCUCAUGAAAUUGUGUACAGAUAUCCAGCAACAAGAUCAUACGUAAUAGAAAACUUCCAGCCAUAUGACCCAAAGCCAUCAACCUUAAAAAUCCUUGCUGAUACUUCGUCUAACCUGCUGAAAGAACUCCGUGCAAUGAAAUACAAAAGAGAGUUGUUAAAACCAAGAGAAGCCAAGACGCUAUCCAAGACAAUUCAUUUUCUUGAACAUAACUUUGGAAACCCUUAUGACAACGGAUAUUACACAGGAGAAUGGAUGCUCGGACCAAGCAGGUUCUGCYAUAUGCAAAAGUUCUUCACACUUCGGUACACCUUUAACGCGUAUCUUGGUCGUGCAUCACCUAGAACGGUCAAGGACUUUGRGCGCGUUAUGAAAAUUCUCAAAAGCUUUAAGAAAACCAUCAACCAAUAUCGUCAAAACAUGCAAAUGGGGGUCAAAGUUGGGAUGGUGAAUUCCUUGGAAGAAUGCAAAGUUGGCUAUGACUGUAUAGCUGAUAGUUACCCUUACAUCUCUUCAACUCACAUGCCUGAGAGCAUACUAAGAGAAYAUUAUUUCAAAAUGCUAGUAAAAAAAGAAAGGUUUUCUCGCCUCAACAAAACUUCAACACUGUGGCUGCGUAAGUACGGGAAGACAUUGCGACAAUCUCUUAGAGACGCAUUAGUGAACAACCUGGGCCAGCCACUUGCUGAGCUGUUUAAUUAUCUAUCAAAUGAACACAGAAGACACUGUGUACCAAGCAAUGUAUCGAGCGGUUUAGCAACAAGACCUGUUUCCUAUGUUUAUCGAGACGGCGUGCCGGACCUUACAAGAAAGACCACCAAGAUUCUACCGACGGGUGAGAAAGUGAGUGGAAAAAAGGCAUAUGAACGAAUAUUGAAGUUUUUUACGACAACUGAGUCAACACCUGACGACGUGCACAAACUUGGUUGGGACAUCUUAAAAUCACUUUAUCCACAAAUGAUUGAUAUUGCCAAGUCAACAACAAAUCAGGCCAAUGAAACGAAGGCAGUUGCCGCUAUGAGGAAAUACGUCAAUUCUUCAGAGAUGUAUUUUAACACCGUACCUUUCCCUGCAAAUGAGUCUGAUGAAAGGGCGCAUAUCAUUUGUAGGAAAUUAAAAUCGGCCAAAGUCUAUUGUCCAGUUCGUUAUGCAACUUUGGAGAAGUGGUUCUCAUACUCACAAAGUGCGUUAAGUAUGUUUCGACCAAAGCUUAUUCGGAUGUUCCACUGGAUGACUGGACCCAAGAAAACCACACCAAUUUGUCCUGUUUCCAUGGCAACUAAUUUUGUGCCAAGCGCGGGGUCACCGAGCUACGAAUCAGGCUAUGGGCCAAAAUGUUCCAGACCUGCAAAGUAUUACCUACCAUUCUUCCUGGACAGAAUGGGGCCAAAGUACUCUGAAUGGACGGUCAGCGCUCAUGAAGCUCUGCCUGGACACCAUUUACAAUCACAAGGAUACAUUGAGAAUUUCCAAGAACAAUGUCUUCCACUGUUAGGAGCACUGCUUCGAUCAAAAUACUCCACCAAUGCAUUUACAGAGGGAUGGGGAGUUUACGCUGAAAACCCACUGAUCGCUCAAGACACAGAUACGUACAAAGAUUUUCCUAUGCAAAAGUACGGCAUGUUAAAGUGGCAAAUAUGGCGAGCUCUGCGACUGAUUAUAGAUACCGGYCUUCACUAUAAAGGAAUGACUCGCAAAGAAGCUCUUCAGCUACUCGAUAAAUACGCGUGGGACGACAGUGACGUUGCGCAAAAGGAGGUKACUAGGUAUCAGAGUGGUCCCGGACAGGCGACCGCGUAUAUGAUCGGUCAGCGUGCAAUCAUGGACAUGCGUAAAAAAGCUAUUCUAAAGCUUGGUAACAAAUUCAAGAUAAGAGAUUUUCAUUAUUUUAUCUUAUCACGUGGUGUAGGGCCGUUGAGCUUUGUUGCCGAUCAGAUCGAUAGAUACAUUGAAUGCGAAAUUAACCCUUCSGGGCCUGGUUGCGAUUUGGUUAGUACCUCAAAAGCCUUCACGGCCUCGUCUAAUGUCGCYAAAAAUAAUCUUUUAUACGAACAAACGAUGAAUCCAGCGGAAAUUCACGAGUUUUAGAAGGAAGAACGUCAAGAGGAAAUGGUAUCCAUCCGCAUGCAGCGCGAUGACGCAGCGCCGACGGCUAGCAGUCCGAUUCGUCGUUCCAAAAUUAUUAUGAACGUAAUGUAAAAAUAGAAAGGAAAUUGUACCAAAAUACCAAGYAAUUUACUAGAUGGACUUGUAUUUGUAUUGCUUUUUUUACAAUAAGUUGUAAAUAUGAUAACUCCAGCAGGGAAAUGAAGAAAGGAUUCAUGAAGAACAUUAAGUAUAUAACACUAAAUAUAUAUUUAAUCCAUUAAGGAGUUCCGCAGAAUUCUUUCUUUUCUAUUGAUUCUMAGACAUACGGCGCUCCUUUUAUUGUACUAGACCAUAUCCUAUUCCCAUAUUCCACYGACUGUGUAUUAUCAAUAUAUCAAUAUAUUAUCUACAUCACAAUAAUUGAUCGUUUUCAACCAUUCCCAUGAGAUUCAAAAGAUAAAAGACCGGCGUUUAUGUUGGAGGAAUUAAAUAAUAUAUACUAAUAACGAAAAAUCCUUUGUUGAAGGACGUAUAGUGAAAACGAAGAAUAUGGAAACUACAAUCUAAGUUAUUGUUAUAGAUUAAGAUAUAUUGUUAUUUUCUGCUACCUUAAAUCGGUUGCAAGCCUGUUCUMRGUAAAUUCAGGCUUUGCCCAGAAGUGUCCAUAUUUGGUGCGUUUUCAAAUUGGCUGAUUUUAUGCAAACCAUAUUUGCCAAAAAAUAUCGRCUCUCAAUUGAUUUAUCAUCGUUGGAGAUGGUCCAUGUUCAAUAUCGAUAAACACGCUUGAUGAUGUUYAGUUACAAACUUUGCAAUUAAAGAAUAUGUUAAACUGU